AUGUCGUUCUCGUUUGGCUUUUGUGUCGACGAGGAGGGUGUCCCUGGAGAGCAUGCCUCCGUAGCGCAGACCUCCCCAAUACAGGAUCCAUGUAAUAUGCCUGCGAAAGAACUUUUUUUAAGCGACAUGCUCACCUGCAUACCGGAGAAAUUGUCCUACUCACCUGUUCUCAUUUCUCAAGCCAGUGAGCCAGUGACCCUAGUUCGGCGAGACUUGUUCGAUGUGCGCUUUCAAAUUAUACAUAAUGACGGUCAGGUGGCCGAUGCAGAAAGCGACUUGAUCCCGGGAGUGUAUGAAGGCGGACUCAAGACGUGGGAAUGUGCUUUGGACCUAGUGGUCGAACUGGACAAGCUACACACGAGAGUAUCAAGCCAAGAUGCCACUUGGCCAAGCGGUCGUCAUACGGUGGAACUCGGAUGUGGUACAGCCAUCCCAUCGUGUUAUGUCCUGGAUCAAAUCUUGCGUGCGCGUCAGUCGUCAAAAGGCAAGAGCACACUGACCUUGUGUGAUUACAACCAAGAGGUGCUUUCGCUGGUCGUCCUUCCCAACUUAUUGUUGACGUGGUACUUUUCGCCCUCAGGGAGGGAGACGCUGGGUCAUUCGCAAUCGGCGAUAGAACCGGGUGAAUUAGAAGUCGACGAGAACUUACUACUCAAAUUUCAGCAUGCAUUAGCGAGCCAUGAAAUUGAGCUGCGCUUCUUCUAUGGUGGCUGGGAUUCGCUUCAUCUUGCCAAUCGAGCUGAUUUGGUGCUGUCUAGUGAGACGGUGUACUCUUUGUCCAGCUUGCCUUCACUCUGUCGUGUAUUACACAGUCUCUGCUGGCCCACUUCCAAGGACCAGCAUGAUGCCGGGAUUGCGCCUAACUCGACGCUUUGUCUUGUAGCUGCCAAGGUGCUGUACUUUGGGGUGGGUGGCGGCGUCGAUGCUUUUGUUCGUGAGCUGGAGAUGCAAGGUGGAUGGCACAGCCAGAAGCGAACACAAGUGAUGGGCGUAGGUCGUGCGGUGAUACAGGCGGGGUGGCUGACUUGA